UUAUCCUAGAAAAUAAAGAGGAAAAAAGAAACAGUUAUUAGUUGGGCCGUUGGAGACUCGUGUAAGAACGAAAAUAACAUGGUGAUGGUGUUGGGUUCUCUGCGGCCGGUGAACUCUUCUCCAAUUCACACAAUUACUAAUGCCUCUUCCUCAAAUUCUUCAGAGAAGAAGAGCCAGUACCUGACAAGUCGGAGGGCUAUAGUUUUUGGUCCAAGCGUUUUAGUGGCUUCCUUGCUCAAUUUUAACACUCUUAGUUCCUCAUCACCACCUUCGUUUCACCUUGCACUUGCCCAACAGCAACAACUGGAUGAGCUUCAGCAAGAAGAAGACCGAGCAGUGCAACUUUUCCAGGAAGCUUCCCCUUCUGUUGUCUUCAUUAAAGACCUUGAAAUUGAUAAAAUCCCCAAGACCUCUUCUGCUGACGUCAAUCUUAUUGAGGAUGAAAAUGCAAAAGUUGAAGGGACAGGUUCAGGCUUCAUCUGGGAUAAGUUUGGUCACAUUGUUACAAACUACCAUGUUGUAGCUAAACUGGCUACAGAUGGGAGUGGUGCACAUCGUUGUAAGGUUUAUCUAGUAGAUGCAAAAGGCAAUGGCUUUUACAGGGAAGGCAAGAUUGUUGGUGUUGAUCCAGCAUAUGAUCUGGCUAUACUUAAGGUUGAUGCUGAAGGUUAUGAAUUAAAGCCUGUUGUUCUUGGCACCUCACAAAACUUACUUGUGGGUCAGAGCUGCUUUGCCAUUGGAAAUCCUUAUGGAUAUGAGAACACGCUGACAACUGGGGUAGUCAGUGGAUUAGGAAGGGAGAUACCUUCACCAAAUGGAAGUGCUAUUCGAGGAGCUAUUCAAACAGAUGCUGAUAUCAACGCAGGUAAUUCAGGUGGGCCAUUAAUUGAUUCACAUGGCCAUGUCAUUGGAGUUAAUACAGCAACUUUUACUCGCAAAGGGACAGGAGUAUCAUCUGGUGUUAACUUUGCAAUACCAAUCGACACCGUUGUUCGAACUGUACCUUAUCUUAUUGUCUAUGGAACAUCUUAUAAAGACAGGUUUUGAUCUUGCUUGUCAAAUGGCAUAAUUUUAGUGGGCUUCUUUGAAUAGAUGCACCAUGUUAUAACUAUAUGGUGUGUGAAAAUUCCGUCUCGCAUUUCUUGAAUUUUUGUAUAAUUUUCGUCGUAAGAGAAUUUUGUUUUUCUA